AUGGCCAGAGGAACCAUUGAUGAAUCCAGACUUCACAAUGAAGUUAAAGGAAAAGAAAAGACUGCACAGAACAUUCAAUGGACAGCACCACCUGAGGGAAGUAGGAACCAUAAUGGUGAAAUAGAAGCCUUAUACAUGGAGCAUUUGAAGCAAGUUGCAGAUGCAGAACAUGCUGAAUGUCUUGCACUUUUCAAAGCAGUAGAAUUUGCAAAGGAGGAAGAUAUCACUCACUGCAUUUUUGAAGGAGAUGCUAUGAAUGUAAUCAAUAGAGUUAAAAAACAUGGCAAAGACUUGUCAUAUAUUGGACAUGUUAUUGAUGAAAUUAAGAAAGGUUGUUUAGAGUUUAGUAAAGUGCAAGUAUAUUAUGUAAAUAGGAAAGGUAAUGCAGUUGCUCAUGUAGCUGCUAAUGUAGCUUUAGAGAUUAGUAAUAGGUGCUUGUGGUAUGAUAAUUUCCCAGUAAAUGUACUAGAAGUGGCUGUGACAGAAAUAAUCUAA